AAAAUCGGUACUUAUCUAUCCCAUUUGUAACCUCAUUCUACUAACUUCUGGUUUCGACCAUCAGUUUCUCUUGAUUUCAUGCUGGCUUUGUUGCUGGUUACUGUUUAUUGCUUUCUUUAUGGCGUAUAAUUUUAUUCUAUAUGCCUGCUGAGUCGUGGGCUCACCUUUUUCUCUUGUUUUGUCCUCCCCCAUUUAACCUCAUUUCUGCUCCUCACGCAUCCCCAGCUGCCUAAGGCAUACUAACCAGAGCCUGGAGUUACACAGUACUUUCCUUUUAACUCGUCUUUUCGGAGAUUACACACAUACAUUUAUAUCGUUCAGCGAUAUUCAUGUGUCGAGUAUUGUAACUUUUCGCCGGACUAAUAAUCCUAAUUCCUUCAAUCACCCGGUAGUUCCUGUGGGGCUAUGCUUAAUCGUCGCCACCUUUAUGGAAGAAACAGAUUGUACUUCCUAAGACUUCGUCGAUUCUGCCAGUUUAUUUUAAAUCUUGGCAGGGAUGGAUUUUAUGACGGCUGGGUGGGAAAAGAAUCCUAUUGCAUUCUGAACACAGCUGAGGAUUUUAGAUUGCUACACUCAGAGAAAGCUCGCGUUAUUUGUGUUAUGUGGUACCUAUUAUCGAGACAUAAGUUUAAAGAGGCUGCUAGGUUGCUAGCUCACUCAAUCCAUACAUACCCAAUGUCAUCGACCUGGAUUUGGCGGGUUGCAUUCCAUAUAUUUCAAUGUCAUAACGAUGAUGUGGGGCUGAGAUCAUUUAAUAGGGUUUUGGAUAUGUUUCUUCUGAGUGAUGAAAAUAACCGCGUAUUAGAAUUUAUACUAUAUGAGAUCGCCAAAGGAAACCUGAAUGCUGUACAGUUUUGUCGCACAAAUAAACAGCCUAUUCAACGAAAUAAAUAUACAAGCGGUUAUACGACCCUGACCAGAGAACCAGAAUUCGCACAUGUUCAGCGACUACAAAGACUCUAUGAAGGUUACAGCUUUUAUGGAAUGUGGCUUAAACAAAUACAUUCAUUAGUAUCAACUAGUGAUCCCGAGGAGGUUCACGUUACAGCCGACAAUUUAGCUGAAAAAGCUUACCAUCGGUUGCAAGAAGUUGAAGCCCUCGUUUCUGAAGGUCAUUUGUGUGAUAUCUUUGUCCGAGCAUUUGUUGAAAUACUGCAGUAUUUUAAUGAAUGUACACGUGCACAUACCUUACUACUUAGUUAUGCUCAAAAAGUACCCGAAAACCCAAACACAUUAAGAUAUUUAUGCGAAUGGCAUAAACGUCAACCUGGACAAGUUACUCAUUCAUCGACAAUUUUGUCUCCAUCUCAUUCAACAAUCAAUAAUUGUAAUAAUUCUACAGAAUAUAAUAUAGAUUCAAGUGAUGGUAAUAUAACUGUUGAUGAAAUUACGCCAACGCGUGCCUCUCAUCUAAAGAAAUCACCCAGAAGUAUGAAGAAUUCAAAAAUCUGUUUAGAGUACCGUAUAUCAUUUAGCAGGCGUACAUUACCCGAACCAGCUCCCAACCUUCCUGAUAAUUAUGAAACUAUGUCGAAAAAAGAAAUAAAAAGUCUACUAAGAAGAAAUCAUGCCCAUUUGCCAACUAUAAUUGCUUGUUUAAAACGGGGAAGAUUUUCGGAAGCAUUGGAUCUAUCCUUUUUAUUACUUGAUCACCCAUCGUGGGCGGUUUACUGUGAACCUUGGCGCCUCUUACGGAAAAGUAUACUAUCUGUCGGCAAAAAGAAUUCUGAGGUUGUACACGCUUGGGCUAUACGAAAAAGGUAUUGGAAUAAAUUGCAUUUCUCUUUAUCGAAUUUACCAGUUAUUGGAAAGUCUGUGAAAUCAUUGUUGAAUAAACUUGAUUUGACAGAAUUAAAUGUAUCCAAUGAUGAAGAGUCAAAAUUAAAUGAUCAUUUGAAUGUUCAAUUAUCAAUUGUUGCUAAUAUGAAACCAGUUAUUUUUCAUGAGUUUCCCAAUACAGAUUUAUUUUCCUAAUUUAUAUAUAUAUAUAUAUAUAUACAUAUAUAUAUAUAUAUAUAUUGUUGAUUACACUCAUAGAUGUGA